AUGGCCAUGGGAUUUGAUGUCUUUUCUUCAAUUCUUUGUCUUUAUGGUGGUGCGGUAGCUGGUUUAAUGGGUGUUGCUUCCAGCGAAAGAAUGAAAGAACAUUUUGGUAGUGUUGCUGGUAAGGUUGAAGGAGGAGUAAAUUAUGAUGGCUUUUCCGGAUUUAUCUCUCCUAAAUUUAACCGAACUAGAAAAAAAGUUUUAGCAGUAGCUGGUUUUUUCUUCCUGGGAGCUAUUUUUGCCCAAAUUCCUUGCUUUGCUAGGGUAUUAAAAUUAGAUACGGUUGCUAAAAAUACUCCUGAAUGGAUAAGUAACGAUUAUGAAGGAGAAAAUAAAUAUCAAAAUGUAGGAAAUUUAGAGGAAAUGCCGAUUGGUAAAAAAGAGCCGAAUAUGCAGAAAAAUUGA